GAAGAUUCAGUCGUCGUGCGGCAGAGGAGGACCGAGGAGCGCCCGGUCGAAGCGCCGAGGUCCUCUCUCCACUCUCUUCGUCUCCUAUCUCCGCACGCGUAUCCCUUUUUAUCUACCUCGCGUUCUCUCUUCCCCCCUCUCUCUCUCUCUCUCUUACUCUCUCCCUCUCUCUCUCUCUCUUGCUCACUGUCUCUCUUUCUGUCACGAGCGAGCUGAAAACGACCGGUUCCCUCUUUCACUCUCUCUCUUCAUAUCUCUUUUUCUUCUUCUCCCCCCUCUCUUUCUCUCUCUCUCUCUCCUUCUGUGUCUCUCUGUCUUUCUCUCUCUCUCUUUCUCUCUCUCUCCGCACGCCGCAGCCGCGAGUGAAAACGAGCCGGGGCAGCGCCGCGCCGACCUUUACCAUUUUGGUACACGCAGCACGCGACACGCACGGCCGUAAAGCCGCGCACGUCCUCCACCGCCGAUCCUCGCGCCUCGUGAAGGAAACGUGAGAGGAACUGGCCGGAUUUUAUCGGAAUGCGCGCGGGGCGGCCGGUCCGCUGCGUGGAUUCCAUGACGAAACGACGGCGACGCCGGUCUGGGGGUUGCUAGCCUCCCUCAACUCCGCCUCUCGUUCCCGUCGCUCUAUUCGCGUCUCGCUCGCGCUCGCUUCGCUCUCACCACCACGAGCAGCGCAAAGGGUGGGUGGCGGUGAUACGCCGGUGGCAGUGCCGGCAGUAGUGUGUGGGUACUUGUACCGGUGGGUACUUUAAUGCGGUGGUGGUUGUUGGUGGUGCUGCCGUUGCUAGUGGUGGUGGUGGUGAUGGUGAUGGUGGUAGUAGUGGUGGUUUAAAUUUCAGCCGCGUGCACGAGUUCACCUACGUGAGCCAUUACACGGGUCCUCGGCUUCCUUGCCGACUCGGAGGCUAUACGAGACAGAGAGAGAGAGAGAGAGAGCGGUCACGGUCCACGGACGCAAAUUCUGCCCACCUUCGUCAUUCGCGUAUGGCUUUUCUCUUCGCCGCCUCGUACACACAGCCUGUGUGUAUGUGCCGUCCGUAAAGUGCGACUCCGUUCCGUCGAACGUCUCGUCCGAAAUCUGCGUGCGUUCGAUCCUACCUACCUGCCGGUGACGAUAUCGGCUGACCGUCUCUCUUUUGUGUGUGUGUGUGUGUGUGUGUGUGUGCGCGUGCUUUGUCGAGAGUAUGCAUCCUAUCACUGCGUUGUCCGCGUCGUCUUGUUGUACCGAUUAUCGAGGUAAAGUAGCAGCCAGGGAGACGCGAUAGGCAAUAUUGGCCAUCCCGUGGCAUUGCGAAACGCGGAAAAACACGUCGCGGACGUAGCGCGGAGUACUAUGGAAAUUGCCGUUCCCGGCGAUCGUAGAUAGCGCGGGGCAACCUAGGCGCCGGUGGACAGACGAGACGUCACAUCUCAUGAUAAUUAAAAAUGUUGGGAAAACGCUACGCGCUGUAAAUUUCGACGAGCCGGAGCGAGCGCAUCCUUCCUUCAGCUUUAUUCGAGCCCGCACCGCUUUCACCGGCUUCAGCAGCUUUAGAGAAACGUUCUCUUCCAAGCCGGCUUUCCUCACGUCUCGAUCGGCCAGCGAUACCAAUCGCACGUAAUCAGCGCUCGAGAUUCUUGCCACCGUCCCACCAGGCCACGUAACGGCCGUAACUACGUGAGAUUACGCAUCACCUGCCGAUUCGUUGAUCCUAUUACCGGUCGUAAUAGAGUUUAGGGAGCUUGUAGCGCGCAUUCUCGCCUUUCGCCGCACCUGUUAUUGGCUCCGAUAAUCUCGCAUCUUUCAAGCGACACAGCAUCGCUUUCUUCUCCAUUACACCUCCCUUUCCGCGCGUAGAGAUGGUCGAGGGGACAUUUCCGAUUUUCUUUCACGAGAUCCCGCGUGUGCAAACGCGGCCAUGUGUGCGCGGAAUGGCCACAUAUGUACUCCGAAAGCGCGUUAAGUACGUAGACGCGUGUGGGUGAUACGUGCGCGAAUAUGUACAUGUGUGUAUGUGUGCGCGCUCGCGUGUUGUACACGCGUGUACGUGUAUAUAUAUGUUUCCAUCGGACGAGAGUAUCGUAUCACUGCGACGGUCCCUCGGCCAGUCGCGACCCUCUUCAACGCGGCGUAAAAACAGGAAGUAUGAAUCGACCGAAUCGGCGACGCGAGAGCCGAAGGGAAUACCGCGCAACGAGAUGCCAGCUUUCGCACCGUUCGCGCCGCAUCCUGGGAGAUACGUCAGCCCGCGCGGAGGACGUUCGUGGGAACGCCGCUCGACGGUUUCGCACUUUUCUACUAAAUCAGCCGUUAACGUCCCGGCGGAUGCGAGACGCGCUCCGAUCUACGAUCGAUAAGCGUCCCGCGAAACAGUGACUCAAUUCGACCGUCGUCGAUUCGUUCGUCGACGUCGACGCGGACGUCGGCCCGGAGUGGAACGAGAGCGAGACAAAGAGAGGAGGGCAGGAUUCCGCGAUGUGCGUGACGGGGAAGACGUACGAGCAAGAAAUGGAUGGGAAAAGUACGUUCGAAUCUUAGCCCGCUCUGCCCCGUAAAUAGCGUUUUGUAACCCCCGUCACGUGAAAUCGAUAUCCCCUUAAGAGCCGGUCCGUGAGGUCGUUCGUCAGAACGGUGCACCCUGUUUCACCCGCGCCACCGGCAGAAGAGGGGACCGUCGGAGAUCUGCGGGGGAGGCCGGUGGACAGAACGGGGUGGUUGAAUAAAAGAAGAUGCACAGAAAGGGGCCAGCGUUUCUCGCCGACAUGGGACCGCUAAUGUUCUUAGUAACAGCCUCUCUGCUGGGUUACUGCCAAACGGACGAAAAAGUGUCGUUUUACGGGGCGAGCUACAUCCAUCUUCCGGUUCAAGAGGCCAAGGGUGCUACUGACAUCAGUUUCCGGUUCCGAACUCAUCUCGCCGACGCCAUGCUGCUAUUGGCCGCUGGCAAGACGGAUUACUGCCUGAUCAAACUCGAAACCGGCAGAUUGAAGGUUCACAUUAAUCUGGGCGCGGGCGAGAACGAGAUGGCGAGCGCCCGCGGAUUGACACUGAACGACCUCAGUUGGCACGAGGUCAAUUUGACGAGACGCGAGGCGAACGUCACCCUGCAGAUCGACGUGAUACACAUAGAGAGGUCCCACCUACCCGGUCGCUACUUCGAGCUCAACAUACAGUACGGGGUCUUUAUCGGCGGACAAGGCGACUUCAACGAGCUAUUUCUAGGGCACACGGAUUACCUGAGGGGAUGCAUGGCCGACAUAAUCUACAACGGCGCCAAAGUUAUAGAAUACGCCAGGUCGAGGAAAGGUCAGUCGGAGGCAACAGCCGUAACGUGGGGCUGCUCGCCGGAAUUCGACGCCACGAGGAGCACGGAAGUCAGCUUCGUCGAGGACGGAGCGUUCGUCGCUAUUCCGCGCCCCAUCCCGCGCUCCGGUUCGAGAUGGGAAUUCGAGCUGAAGACCGGCGCCGACGGCGGCCUGUUGCUCUACAACACCGGGCAAUCGUCCUACGCCGAUUACCUCGGCAUCGAGCUGUUCGAAGGCAAGAUUCGGCUGUUGAUGAACAAAGGUAACGGCCCGUCCGAGCUGAUACACGGCACCGUGGUGGCGGACGGCAAUUGGCACAGCGUAAUCGUCGAUUUCAAUCCGAGCGGCAUCGGCAUCGCCGUCGAUCGUCACGAGAAAGCGAUGGCACUGCCGUCCGGCGGCAAUCGCUUCCUCGAUCUGGCCGACACGCUCUAUAUCGGCGGCACCGAGCUGAACAAACGCGCCCGGGCACUCGGCAAGGGCCUCCGGUCCGGCGAUGUGAGCUACAAGGGCUGCAUACGAAACAUGGUGCUCGAUAACAAGGACCUCGGUCUACCCGACGUUAAGGUCAGCCAGGGUAUCGUCGUCGGCUGCGUAUGGGGCUUCCCGUGCGUCGAGGCGGACCCGUGCAUAGCCGGGGCUACGUGCUCGCAGCUGGGCGUCAGCUCGUUCAAAUGCAACUGCGAGCAAUCGCUGUGCAUCAAGCCGAAUUACGCUGAUGACUACAAGAUCUACUCCAACGGCACUCUGCCCGUAAACCUGGAAAUUCUUUCGCUGAGUCCUAUACUGGUUUCCGAGGGGAAGUGUGUGGAGGUGACGAGCGAAAAUAUCGGGAUGGUGCUGGACAUUGCUAAAUACGGCGUGGGAGAGGAGGGUGUCGUAUUCACCUUGGUAACGCCACCGACUUACGGCACACUGACGCUCGACCCGCUAACGACCCGGAGCGAUCACUCCUUCACGUUACAGGAUAUCAAUCGAUCAGACAAGAUACAGUACACGCACGACGGUAGCGAAACCACAGAGGACAGCAUGAUUCUGGAACUGACAUUGGUGGCCGGGACAGGCUACACGCUGCCAGGAUACCUCCAAGGACGCCUCAGGUUUCCUCUUCACGUUAAUGUCACUCCUGUCAAUGACCCUCCGUUGCUCGAGAUACCGACCGCGAAAGUGCUGCGUCUGGCCCAAGGCACGAGGAAAACACUGACCAAGGAGCUAAUAUGGGCGAUAGACAACGACACACCCUCGGAAAUGCUGACCUACACGGUUUUACGAGCGGACACCGACGCCGGCCACAUCGAGAGAGUCACAACCCCGUUCCGACAUAUCGACACGUUCACGCAGGCCGAACUGAUGCAGGGUCUCAUCGCUUACGUGCAUCGCGGAAACGCCAAGCCGAACGCGAUGCUGGGUCUGCAGGUGAGCGACGGCAUCGUAAGCAGUCAGCCGGCGAACCUGCGCGUAUCAGCUUACCCGUUGCAAAUCAAGCUGACGCAUAACACCGGCCUCGUUGUGGUGCACCGUUCGUUCUCCUACCUGACACCCGCGAAUCUCUCGUUCGCCACGAAUUCCGACGACAACACCAUCGACAUCCGUUACGACGUCGUCUCGCCGCCGCAACACGGAGUUUUGCAAAAACCCAGGGACGUCACCGGUACCUGGAUGAACGUCGACCACUUCACCAGUCGAGACAUGGAGUCGCAUAUCGUUCGUUAUUAUCACAACGUCGGUAGUCCUAAUCAGGACGACUUCAAGUUCCAGGCGAGUGUGCGCGAGGUGAAGACGCAGCAGACCUACGACUUCCGUAUCACUUUCAUCGAUCUCGAGCUGAGGGAAGCCAGAAGGGUGCCUGUUAAUCUCACCAAUACGCCGAACAUCACUAUCGCGAGCAACCACUUGAGGUACCAGACGAAUCCAUUAGUUACGUCGCCGGGCAAGAUUGUUUUUACUCUCACCACGGGACCAAGAUACGGCAAUUUGUUUCUGUCCGAUCGCAAGCUCAGUUCGAGCGACACCUUUACGCAAGAAGACAUCGAAGCCGGCAGGCUGAUCUAUCGUCUGUUCCGACGCGCUUACUCCAAUAUCCUCGACGAAAUAACGUUUAAGGUCAACGCACCCCAGUGCGUCGACAUACACGCCAACUUAAAGUUCCAAUAUCACGUCGGUAGAAACGCCGGAGGCAAAUCGCUGGAGGGGGUGGAGAGCCUGAGGGUCGACGAGGGCUCCAAAGUGCCUCUGAGAAUCGCGCAUGUGAAUCCGAAGGAAUACGGUAUAUCUUCCCUGAUAUAUAAUCUUACAAUAAAACCGAAUCACGGCUGGCUGUCGAUCGCGAAUACCUCGCGUUCACAGGGACAAAGGAACGUCUCGUCCUUUACGUUCGAGGAUUUGUUGACGCAGACGGUGUACUACGUGCACGACGAUUCCGAGACGAAAGAUGACUCUUUCGAGUUCGUGGCGGUGUCCCUGGACCCCGUGGAUUUCAUGUACGCCGGGCGAUUCCGCGUCGAGAUCACCAUGAGGAACGACAAUCCGCCGGAGCGAACGGCCGACAGGACCUUCCAUGUCGUGUUGAAGGGCGAGAAACUGAUUACCAACAAGGAUCUCGCUUACACGGACAAGGACAUCGGCACUAGAGCGAGCGAGCUCGUUUACACCAGGAGGGACAACCGGAGGAGCGGGAUAUACCGAAUUACCAAUCCCACGGUGCAAAUACGCGAGUUCACGCAACAGGACAUCAACGACGGCGUGAUCCUUUUCCGGCAUCAGGGUGACGAACACGAGAAAAUUGAAUUCGGUAUCACCGACGGCCACUUCUACCGGACCGGCGCUCUUGAAAUCCAAGCCAGUCCGCCUUAUAUCAGAUUGCGCGAGAGCAACGGUUCGGUGGUCCAAUUCAACAAAUCCGUGGUGCUUCAGCCGAGAGAACUGGAGAUCGAGACGAACGUGUACACCAGUGAGAAGGACAUCAAGUACACCGUGUGGGAGAAACCGAAGCACGGUAUACUGCUGAAGCACAAUAAAGAAUCCAACAGUUUCACGAAGGACGAUUUGAGGCACGGUUCGGUCGCGUACAAGCAUCUGGGUGGAACCUUGACGAAGGACGUUUUUAAGUUUACGGUGCACGUGAAGGACGCAGAGACCGACGACGCGUUCGCGAUCCAAGUCUACCCGGAGAGCUACUGGGAGCCGUUGAUCGUCCAGAAUAACAAGACGAUAUUCGUCGAGGAGGCUACGAGCGUUCUGCUGAGCCGGAAGAGCCUCGAAAUAAUGCAUCCGAACAUAUCAUCGACCGAGAUCGUCUAUCACGUGCGGGAGUGGCCGUUGAACGGCUAUCUGGAUCUGCAGAUCCACGACGAGCACAGCGAGGAGAUGAAGGAGGAAUACAGCGUCAACGCCGUAAAGCACUUCGAGCAGAAUCUUAUAAACGACGGUCGCGUCUUCUACGUACAAUCGGUGAUGAAUCAGACGAACGACCGCUUCGUCGUCGACGUUACCAACGGCAUCACAUGGCUGCGCGGUCUGAGCGUGAACUUCGUUAUAGUGCCGGAGAAACUCUACGUCGAGGCGAAGGGCUUCGUCGUGGUGGAGGGGAAGAGCGUGAUAUUAGAUGAGUCGAACUUCUCGGUGAUGACGCCCUAUUACGCCGGAAAAGUGACGGAUUACAGGAUCGCGGAGAAGCCGAGGCACGGCACGAUCGUCGACUCCACGAAGAACGCUCAGGCGAAGAAGUUCUCGCAGAAGCACCUGAAUGCCGCGGUCGUACUCUACAGACACAACGGGGACGAAUUCCCGACGGACUCCUUCAAGAUGAUCGUCACGGCUGGCGACAAGAGCAGCGAGCCCUUCGACGUAUCGAUCACCGUUCAGCCCGUUAACGACGAGAUCCCCGUGCUGGUGAACCGGACCAAGAUAAACGUCUGGCAAGGCGGAUCCGUCGUCGUGACAUCCGCGAAUCUGGCGGCAGUCGACAACGAUACCGACCCGCGCGAUAUCACGUUCAACGUGACCGGAGUGAGAAACGGUUACAUUUCAUUAAUUAACUCCGCCGAUGUGGACAUUUAUAAUUUCACGCAGAGUCAAAUCAACGAGUCGCAGGUGGUGUUUACGCAUACGAAUGGUUCCGACGCGGAGUUUAACUUCGUAUUGAGCGACGGUGUACACACGACGGAGUCUUACACGAUCUUGGUCGCCACAAAGCCAGUCCGUUUGAACAUCGAGCACAAUAUACCCCUUAAUGUCUUCCCCCUCACCAGGAAAUUAAUAUCGGAGAAGCUUUUAUUAACGACGUGUUCAGACGAAGCGAGAGAGAUUAGAUACACUGUGCGAAAUGGACCCCAUUUGGGCAAAGUUAUAAUGGAGACAAGUGAGGGCGUAUGGCUCGAGGUCGAGCGAUUUACUCAGAGAGAUAUAAACAAUAGCAAAGUGAUUUACGAGCACACCAAGCAGUUCAUGGACCUGACGGCCAACGACUCUUUUACGUUCGACAUAGAAGCACACUUCGCUGGAGCUUUAACGAAUCAGGUUUUCCAAAUAGAUAUAUCAGUUUCAAGCGGUGGCCUAGACCGAUACAUCUCCGCGAAGAACGUGAGAGUCGUGGAGGGUGGGUCCGCGCAAGUCAUUAUGAACAUCAGCGGCAUCGUGUCAUUCCUGCAGAUCAACGCCGGGCUCCAGCAACCGGCGGUACUUUCGAGAUUGGUUCAUCAGCCCAGCCACGGACACGUGAUGCUUCUGCCGGAUCUGAACGUGACUACCUUCACGCAGCCGCAGAUCGAGGGUGGAAAGAUAGCUUACUACCACGACCAUUCGGACACUCUGGAAGAUCGCAUACAAUUCUCCCUGUACCUGACACCCGGCCACGUGUUGCUCUGCAACACCAGCGUUCCCGUCGUCAUCGAACCGGUCAACGAUGAGCCUUUCAAGCUCGUCACGAACGCUCCGUACAUCACGGUCGUCCAGAAUCAAAAUCAGACCAUCACACGGGAGAAUCUCCUCACCAUCGAUCCCGACACACCACCGGAGGAGAUCAUUUACGACGUGAUCUCGGGACCGACGUACGGCAGAUUGCUGCUCCUGCCCUUCGACCAGAACACGUCGGAGGUGCGGCAGGUGAAUAAGUUCUCUCAGUACGACGUGGACUCCAAUCGAGUGGUGUACGAGCACAAUGGGCCGCUGCAGGCCGCCUCCUUCUACUUCAGAGUCUGGGACGGUCGAUUUAAUCCGAGUUACACCGUUUUCAACGUCCACGUGCUGCCGAUACGUUUGAACGUGACGGUGCUCGGGCCGGUGAGCUUACAACAAGGUUCGAACGUGGCUCUCGUAUCGGAGAACAACGUGAAACUCGACACGAACGCUCGACAGGACCUGGUUACCUACGAAAUCAUGACGCAUCCGAAGCACGGAGUGCUGUACGUGAGGGACAACGCCGCGGCGACCUUCAAGCAGACCGACCUGCUGUCGAAGAGCGUGAUGUUCAUGCAAACCGACAUGACGGUAUUGAACGACAGUCUGGAACUGUCGGCGCGCUUGAGCGGCUUCGAGCAGCAGCACAUUCGCGUGGACAUCAAGGUAAUACCGCUCAUGAUCAUGAACCCGAUGAUAGCGUUGGCGGGUGAGAAAAACCAGAUAACUCUCCGGUAUUUGGACGCGACGCCUUUGGCGAAGCUGACGACCAGCAAUCCCCUCUACACCAUCGUGAGAAAGCCAAAGUUCGGCAAGAUCAAGAGGAUCAUCAGGAGCUCCUCGUCGUCCGGCGAGAAGAGAGGCACGCGUGAACGGGAGGUGGCGCGGUUCUCGCAUCAAGAGAUCGUAUCUGGCGUGAUAUAUCUCGUCUGCAGAAAAAUACCCUCGAUCGAGUACGAGGGGAUCGCGGACAGCUUUACCUUCAUCUUGGCGGCGUCCAUCUUCCAGCCGGCGGUGGGCGACUUCGAGUUCAGGAUCAGACACGACACGGACGACGACAACAUCACCUUAGGCGGCCCGAUGGACCCGGUCGGUCACGAGGGCGAGAUGGCGAUCGCACCGAACAUGAGCAACGACUAUCUGCUGAUCCUCGGCAUGCUGCUAGGCGUCUUCCUUCUCGGAGUGGUGGUGAUCAUCACGAUCAGGUGUCGGCACAACAGGUACAAGCACGCCGAGGAGGAGAAGCCGGAGAGCACACCCGCCGUCGGUGUGAUGCCGCUCCCCAGACCUCCUGAUCAUCUGAUGCCUGCGACUCCGCAUCUCAAGCCCUUCGGCAACGAUCACAAUAGCGUGACGGCGAGCACGCCUUUGCCGGUAUUGCCGUCGACGUUGCCGCAGUGCAAGGUGAUACCGCUGAGCCCUCUGGAAAGCGGCUCAGAGGUCGACGUGUCCGCCAGGUAUCCUUACGGGGUGGCGGACGGCGACGAAUGGAGUAGCUUCGACACUUCCGAUCUACCUUGCCAGUCGGCCACAACUCAGAGGACCAAGAAGAACCCGUUGCUGAGGAGGGAUCAGUACUGGGUCUAGCAGGAGACGAACGCGUUGCGGUUCAUGCGAAGGAAGCCGUAGCGACGUCUCGCGAUCGUGCGGAACUAUAUAUCGAAACUAUCGUGGAUAUCACGGACUUGAUGUGCCUAAGGAAAGUGAAAUCUGCGCACGGGAUUUACGGAGGUCGUUCGAAGCCGGACGCCGCGUGAGAACGACGAUGAAAUGUCGAUGGUGCGGCGAGGUCAGCCCGGUGACUGUGUCGGCGUGUCGUCCGAUUGUGGUUUGAAGAAAGGGGAAAAUAAAAUAGAGAACAAACGGAGGGGACUUCUGAACGGAGACUUCUACGGAUCGACGUUUUCGAUCGGACUCGCGAUCCGGGGGUAGUUCGCAGUGUCUCGUGUAUCGCUAGCCUAAAACGAUAUAAGCAGAAUUCUAGAGAACCUUCUUGAAUGUCACGACUAUCGCCGCUAUCACGAGCUCAAUGUGCCUAAGAGAUGUCUGAUUCUGCUGACAUUUUUCCACUGAUCGCAACGUCGAUCUUUCCUGUACACCCGCUCAACGCUCCUUCCCUUCGGCAGAUCGAUACACACAUACAUGCAUACAUACACACACAUAUAUAUAUAUAUGUGUGUCUGUGUGUGUGUAUGUAUAUAUAUGAUAUCUGACUGGCAAACGAAUACGGCAAGUCGCAAUUCGGUGGAUACCAAGAGAGAUCUCUGUCGGUAAAAAUCAUUCCGAUUCUAAACCGGAAAUCUGUCCGUCGAUUCACUGGCUCGUUUUAGAGUGCAGACCCUCAGAAGAAUCCGUAUAAUAACAUCUUUUACGUUUUUCUCUAUCUCUUUCCACUUUUUACACUUUUUGUAAACUUAGAACAGUAAGAAGUACCAAGUUACGAAAAUGGCAUUUAUCGAUCCCUACUGUCGUAAGUUUCAGGUGAAAUCAAAACCAAGGCGGAACUUUCGCUCUGCCUUAAGCUACGUAGAUAAAGGCCGAGGACCGAGUAAACGGGACAAUGUAGGAGUCUCGGGAUUGUCGAAUCGUAAAACGAUCCAAUAUCUACAAUGCAAUCGAACACUUGCACGUUCCUCUUACUCGUUUCUUGCCGUUGAAGCGCAACCGAAUAUAUUAAUGCGACUGUACUCCAAUUUGGACAUAUCUUUUUAUAUACCAUUGUAUUGCUUGAGUUGAGCUUUCAUUUCUCUCAAAUGGUCUCGCGUUUCAGUUCAUUCUAUCGUUACUCCGACUAUCUCGGUAUUAUCCCUAUUAGCUCAUAUCGUACGAUUGAAUCGACAAUUAACGUUCGUACAUUCGUUCGUUCAUUCGGUAAAACGCGUACACGCAUCGGUGGAAACGGCGAAGUCGAUUUAUUUUUACGUGGCAUGAAAUGCGUUGAAUUAUGGCUCUCGUUAAAAAAAAAAUGUACAGCAUGCAGCAGAUGAAGAAAUCGUAUCGACUGUUUGUCGCGAUCGCAGCGUAGGAGCGAGGCCCGUCGAUCGAUAGCGUUACUUCCGCCGCGAAUCAUCGUUUUUAACGUUUCUUUCACGACGAAGCGUCACAACGAUUAUCUUUAAUGGGAUUACGUAGUAUCUCGCCUACGAGACGCGCAGUCAUCCGUUUGCCCGCAUGAUUCGUCUCUGUAGCGAGCGAUAGGACACUUUGCUUAGGCGACGCCAGAUAACACGACUGUUCAACGUAUCUGAAAUUGCGAAUUAUCGUUAACGGUCUAAGCCUGCAAGUCGUUUUUUACACGAGUCCGUUGAACUUUCCUACUACGAGUCGUUGACGCGCGGCGAGUUCGUAAUUCAUAAGCGAUGAACGGGGUAAUGUAUGUAUGUGUGUGUGUGUGUGUGUGCGUGUGUACGGUUCCGGUAUUACGAGAGAAAUUUAUUGACGGGGGCGUGUUGACGAGUUCGUUGAUUCAUAAGAGAAAUUUUACGUUACGUUACCCUCAUACGCGAACUCACUCAACGAAUCCGCUUCCGGCCAAUGCCAAGCGAACGCGAUAGACCGCGUUGUAAAUUAUCGUUUAGCCUGCAAUUGUAAUUAUACGAAAUGAUCAGGUGUGAACCGUUAGACCGAUGUCUCUCGCGAUGAGCAUCGUUAUUAAAUAGACGUAAAAAUUACACGUCAACGUAAACGAAAAAGUAAUAUUCGUGUCGACGUGUCACGAACGACACAAAUUAAGUUAGAAGUCACUGAAUGGCCACGUUAGUUUUCGACACGAGCCUAUUUUAUGUAAGUUGCUAGGAUUGCUUGCGUUAAGAUUAAAUAACGUUGCCGUUGUAAAAUUCUCAAAUAGAAAUUUCAUUACACUUCUGCAGAAGCUCGAGCGUACGUCUGGCCGAAAGUGGAUUAAUGGCGACUUCCUUAAAAAGAAUCUUAGAAGCGUAUUUAAUAAAGCAGUCUAAUGUGAAUGUUGAUUAUAGCAAUUGUAAUGAUAUAUAUAUAAUAUAUAUAUAUAUAUAUAUAUAUAUAAUGCGAACACUCUCCUACACGCGCGUAGAACGUACUACCGUUCCAUGGAUUGAUAGCAUACGCAUUGAUAGAUUCUAAUUAAAGACGUUUUAUCGAGAUAAAGACAAAGGGAGAUAGAGAAAGAGAAAGAGAGAGAAAGACACCCGUUCGUUGAUUCAUGAAUAUGCUAGAAACGAACCGUUAGGCUUUUUUACAUCCAUCAAAAAACGAACUGAUCUGAGUGCCAAACUUCUAUAAUCUAUGAUAUUAUAUAAUUACCAUAGGAAUGUAUUUUCCCUGCCGACUGAAUGCAUUACUCUUCUAAUUCUAAUAAAUUGAAUGUGCGAUGUUAAGUAAAUACGGUCUAAUUUAUUAUUUAGCGCACAUUUUUAUGUGACUUAUUUUUCUUGUUUAUCAUAAUGCGUUA